AUGAAGACCUUUAUCGCUUCCCUCGCCCUCCCUCUACUGGCCGCCGCGGCUCCUACUCCCCAAGCCGCCACCGACGCCAACCCGCCCUUUAGCGUGAUGGCUGUCCGCUCCGCUUCGCCCAUCCACUACUUGCAGAUGAACGCCGCCGGUCAAAAGUUCUGGCUCGGCGGCCAAACCUCGUCCUACUGCCCGACCCAAGUGCAGAACUGCCCUCCAGGUAACCAGACCGUCCUGGCGCCGGGCGGUAACUCUCUGGACGUCGAAGUUCCCGGCGGCCAACAAGUCUACGUCGAUCCCGCCGGUGCCCUGAGCUUCACCCAGGCCCACUCCGCCUCCAUCCCAGCCGGUUCUUCAGUCGGUAACCUGGCCUACGAGCCCGGUACCCCCUGGGCCCACUAUACCUUCAACGGUUGGGGUGCGAGCGGCCUCAUGGCUUGCCCGACCGAGGACAACCGCUGGCAGGUGUUUGCCGCCAUCAGCAAUGCGACCGUGCCCUCUGGUAAUGUCGGUGACUGUCUGGGUUUCUCGGCGCUGGCGCUGCCUUAUGAGGGUGACGUUCCUGCUUGGCAGUACGCUUAA